CUCUACCUCUACUCCACUCCUCAAUGGCUUCCAAGAUUCUCUUUCUUGUGCUUCUUUCUGCUUUUCUCUGCACCACUUCUUGGGCUCGAAAGCUCACUACUACCUCUUUUCACGACCAGAAAUUCUUCCACCGUCCCGGAUUUGGCGGUGGUGGAGGCGGUGGAGGGUUCGGCGGAGGCGGCGGUGGAGGGCUAGGCGGUGGUUUUGGUGGAGGAUCUGGAUUUGGCGGAGGCGCUGGCGGUGGUGCUGGUGGUGGUGCUGGAGGUGGCUUCGGAGGAGGUGGCGGUGGACUAGGAGGAGGUGGUGGCAUUGGUGGCGGAGCUGGUGGCGGGUUCGGAGGAGGGGCCGGUGCAGGAGGAGGACUUGGUGGUGGCGGUGGRGCUGGAGGAGGUGGAGGUUUUGGUGGCGGCAGGGGAGGUGGACUUGGGGGUGGCAGUGGGUUCGGCGGAGGUGCCGGUGCCGGUGGUGGAUUUGGAGGUGGAGUACUUCCUUGAAGAAUAAAAUUUUACUACAAAGGAAAACAGUGACCUCUAAGCUUUUUGUGUUUAUUUUCUUCCAUGCAAAUGUGCUAUGUUAUGUUGUUGUAUUAUGUUUGUUGUUUUUGGUUCUAAAAUGAAAAGGGCUAAUCUCAUAUCCUCUACUAUUGUAUUAUCUUUUCA